UUGAUCACUGUCAAAUACUUGAUGGCUCUGAGUUCUUCCCAAGCAUUUCUCAGACCCUCAAAUCUUCCUCUCCAAAUUCCAACACAUGCUAAAGCUAUAAACUUCAAUCUCCCCAGAUUGCCCAGAGCAAGAACCAGAGCAGCCCUUGAAGGAAAUGACCAAAGUGCCAUAGCCACUACCCCUCUGCUUGUUCAGGAACCACUGCUCAGCGAAGAAGUGGAGGAGAGUGUGAAAGUGCUGAAGAAUGCUGCAAAAACAAGAAAGGUUGCAGCAGAGGAGAUUCUGUCUGCUCUAUCUGUGCUUGAGAAUGCAAAGCUGGAUCCUUCUGGGUUUCUUGAGACACUUGGAGGGACAGAAUCACCAGGGAGAACUUGGAUGCUCAUUUUUACUUCUGAGAAGAAAUUGAAGGGUGGUAGAUACUUCCCUAUUACAGCUGUUCAGCGGUUCGAUGCUGCUGGAAAGAGAAUUGAAAAUGGAGUAUAUCUUGGGCCAAUUGGAGCAUUAACAUUUGAAGGUAGAUUUUCUUGGAAGAAGAGAAUGCUGGCCUUUGUCUUUGAGAGCAUUCGGAUAAAAAUUGGAACUUUAAAACCUUUGGAGAUAAGUCUAGGGCAAAAGGAUGACAUAGAGCCUAGCACGAAGGAUCCUUUUUUUAUAUGGUUUUACAUUGAUGAAGAAUUAGCAGUUGCUCGAGGCAAAAGUGGGGGGACUGCUUUCUGGUGCCGCUGUCGCCGUGGUAUGAUACAGGACACUACUACUAGGACGUACAAGAACAUUAGAGCCUGUAACUAACAAUAGCUCUGGCAAAAGGGUCCUGGGGAAGUAAGGGAUUCUCCUUCCAUGUAUCAUCGAUUCAUCGAUGUACUCAAGGAUCACAAGUGACUCGGCAAUGGGUGUGUCAUGGUGCACAAGCACAGGGACCUUCUUGUAGACAGGGUUAUACUUGAGCUUGGGGCUCUUGUUUCUUAAAUCUUCU